AAUCGAGUGAUGUAUGUAUAUAUACAUAUAUAUAUAUAUAUAUAUGUAUAUAUACAUAUAUAUAUAUAUAUAUAUACACGCGGGUGUCCCGCGCAAAGAAGGUGAACAUCUAUACCGACGAACAUGUUUGUGCUUUUACUGAGAAGACGAUAGGUGACAGUGAGGAAUCAGCUGAUCGUUUAGGGGCGCCACGCUCUCUUAUCCUAUCUCGCGCGCGCUUUCUGUUUGUCUCUCUCUCUCUCUCUCUCUUUCCUUUCCUCUUCUAAACUCCUCAUAGGAGACUCCUCUUCCUCUGAUGUACAUAUAUAUACGUAACCGCGCAUAGUAGCUACUACCACGCGGUUCGCCGGCUGUGUUUGAUUUUCCCGCCAAUGAUAUACGCACUCAAAGAUUAUACACGUACGUUUUCUCCGAUCAGUUAUCAGUGUAAGUUACAUCUAUCAUGCUUAGUGUUCUCUAUAAUGGAGAUCAUUCUACUUUCUUCGUACGAAAAAGGUGACAAAGUGGAGAAGAAAAACUCGUCGGAAUCGUGUCAACUGAUGGAAUUACAAACUUCCAACUCAAUGAUCUUCGAUUUAUUGCCGGAAGAUCCAGUGCUAUUUGUGUAUCUUUUUUCUUAUUAUCAUCGUGUGAAAAUGGAUUGUGAUAUAUUAUUCUUAAGGUGAAAUGUUCACGAGAAACAUGAAAAAGAGAUAAGUCAAGUGUCCGCCCUGAGCGGAAUCAGCAUUUGAGGAGAACAGCGGCGUUCAAGAUAGUGUCGAGGGGGAAGCAUUGUUCACGAUACGUGCGUGGCCGCGUGCGUGCGUGCAUGGAAGAGAGAAACGGACGAAGGACCUCGAGGUACGAAGGAGAACGAGGCGGAGCAAGGUGGCUCCGCUAACGGCACGAGCGGCGGUGAAAAAAUGUCGAGCGCCGCGGACAGUCCUGAUGGGAUGGCUUUGCAGUCGCACUAUUCCUUACGAUGGAACAAUCAUCAGACGCAUAUACUCCAAGCCUUCGAGGCGUUGCUACACGCGGAAUUACUCGUUGACGUGACCCUGGUCUGCGCCGAGACUAGUCUCAGGGCGCACAAGGUUGUUCUUAGUGCCUGCAGCCCGUUCUUCGAGAGGAUAUUUGCGGAGCACCCCUGCAAACAUCCGGUGAUCGUGCUAAAGGACUUCCCCGGCCACGAGGUGGCGGCGCUGAUCGACUUUAUGUACCGUGGCGAAGUGAGGGUCGGCCGUGAGGAGCUUCCCGGCCUGAUGAGAGCCGCGGAGAGUCUGCAGGUGCGUGGAUUAGUGUUGUCGGAACCGAGACCUACAUCACCACCGGAAACACCGACCGCGGACCUCCUCCUGGGCGAGCCCUCGACACCCGAAGGGGCCAGACAAGGUACGCCCGAGGAGGAUGACAACGCGUCCGAGAGUACCGCGCCCCCGUCCACCCGGGAACAACCACCCCCCGUCACGACACCCACCAUUUUCCACCCCACGAGGGACCACCGUGAUAUGUUGCCGCACAUGGGCCACUUGAACUUUGGGAUGCGCGAGUUGCGUGAAAGUUGCGGAUCCCCGCUUUUGCCACGGCGAAAGCAAGCACGGCCGCGGAGGAGAUCGGUCGAGCUCGUUCCUCAAGAUCUGAGCAGACCCCAUCCACCGCCGAGCCUUAGCCCGCCUGCAAGCGGACUGGAUCUGACCGGGUCUAACAACAAUCAUCAACAAUCGCAGCAACAGCAACAGCAGCAACAACAACAGUCUCAGGGUCAUCGUCCGCAGCGGGAGGGAAGCCCGCCCAGGACAACACAUCCGUAUCAGCAACAACAGCAACAGCAACAACAACAGCAACAACAAGAAUCUCCACUCACACCGCAACAAAGCUCCGUAACGCCGAUAUUCCCAUUGGAUGGUGUCGUGUCUCUAGGUGGUGGACUGUUCCCUCAUGUAGGUGCUCUAGACAGGGGAUCCCUUUUGGCGGAUCUCCACGAUAGUUUUAAACCGGAAGCGCUGCACGGACUUUUCGGCGCGGCCAGUCUCGGGACUCAUCACCCGGGUAAAAAGCCAAAGAAGCACAGGGGCGACGGUGAUACGCCGCACAGGUGGGGUGACCAUAGCAGCAGGGGCCUCCCCGUCGGGAGGCCGAAAGGACAGCAUAGCGCGCCUAGAGGCGGUCCACCCAGGUCUUGGACGAACGCGGAGUUGACCGAGGCGUUGCAGCACGUUUGGAACAAGAAGAUGACCACGUCGCAGGCAAGCAGAAUAUUCGGCAUCCCGUACAACAGCUUGUUAAUGUACGUGCGGGGGAAAUAUGGGAAGAGUUUGAAACUCGAACAGCUGAGAAGGGACUGCACGGGGGCGACUACGGGCGAGGUGGUUAUGAAUUCGCUUAACAACAACGACAAGGCCGUCCAGCCGCCCGCGCAAAUCAUCCACCCUCUUGCUGGCCUGCCACCUCAUCCAGGCGACGACGCUGGAUUCCCUCAUCACUCGUUGCUCGCGGGCAACCUGCCGCACGGUUUCUUCCCCGAUUUUGCCCCCGCGGAAGCGUUGAACGAUCGUUACUCGUUUGACAAUCAUAUUCGAUAAACGAACUAAUCGCAAACCAAUUUGUUUUUUCUUUUUUUUUUUUCUUUUUUUUUUCCAAUUUCUCGCCGAUCUCUAUUUUUGCGAUACAAUAGCUAUAUAUAUAUAUACAUAUACAUAUAUAUCUAUUUAUUAUAUGUCGACAACCGUUAUAUUCUUAACAACCGGGUUUAUUCCAUUAAUAUCGUGUUUCAAUCAAUCAGAAAGAGAAAGAGAGAAACAGAAAGAGAGAGAGAGAUUGACCAAACAAUGUAGUACCUUCGUAUCUUUCUUGCUGCUGCCCCCCUUGAAGCGCGUUCAGACGAGCUUCUAUUCCCAUUCGGAGAAUUAUUUCGAGAUACUUAUCAUUAACUCAACUAAGCUGGAUAUUAUUCAGUUUCGUAUAUGAGACCGUACGAAACAUUUUGUAUGGUGGUCACUUUCGAAAUUUUCGUUUUUAUUUUUUAUCCCUGAUAAUGAUCCCCGAAGUGACGAAAGAGUAGGUCCGCAAUAAACGGACAAAUUAUGUCAAUUUUAUAUGGAAUUACAUUACAAUCGGGAGGAGAGUGGGGUGGGAUAUAUAUAUAUAUACAUAUAUAUAUAUAUGUAUGUAUGUAUAGGGGUGUUUGCACAAUAAUCACACGCAGUGUCGCGCGAGCUUGCCAAGAUUCUGUUUCUUCCUCUCUCGUUAUGAAAGCACGACUACCAGUUGACCUGAUUACACGACUCGUUUCCGGUAUUGUGCAAUAUCAAGCGCGAGUGUAUAUAUAUAUAUAUAUGUUCAUACAUACACAUAUAUAUUUAUAUUGUUUCCUCGAUCGCUGUUAAUUUUUUUUUUUGGAUUACAAUCGUAUUUUAUGUAAUCUUUUUUUAAAACUCGAUAUAAAUGCGCGAACAAUCGGCCAGUUUUUGAAAUUUCGAGAAAAAAAAAUCGAUUAAUGACAAAGACUGUGAACCUUGUAAUUGUAUUUUUGAUCGGUAAAAUCUUGGUGAGCUCCUCGAAACUUCGUUCGGUGAAUGUGAAAAAAAGGGGGGGGAGACGAAUGGGGUAGGGGGAAGAGCAAAAAAAAAAAAAAACAAAACAAAAGAGAACAGAAACAAACGAGAACACAAGUACGUGAGGGGGAAAAAAAAAGAAAGAAAAAGAAAAAUAAGAGGAACAAAAUUCGUAUUUAAAACACGGAGACAAAUGAUGAAAUUUUAAUCGUAGACCACAAUUUCGCAAAAAAACAAUAUUUCGAUAACCAGACGGAAGCGCAGGGUAACUAACACAUCAGGGAUAGCCACAGACAAAUCUACGAUAGAUAAAGAGAGAAAAAAAGCUAACAUAUUAAACUGUAAAAGUAAUGGUAAUGAUGAAAAAAAAAGUUAACGUAAAGCUAUAAUACAUUUACAAUGAUUAUUUCGUUAAUGAAUCUUAAGAAAAUGAAAAAAAAUGAGAAGAGCGGGUGAUGAAACGAUAGGAAAUAAAAAAAAACGAAAGAUGGUUAAAUUCCGUUAUGUCACAUAAUACCUUGCUACACUUAGCGAAAAAGAAGAAAAGAAAAAAAAAGCGAGAUUAAAAUAUAUUAUUAAAGAAUAACUUAAGUAGAUAUAAUGAUGGGAGAAAGCGUAUGGGUUCAAGAAGGUUAAGUAAAAUAUUAGAGACCACAGGCUUUCAGCCCUCAAAAUAGCCUGUACAAUACAAACUGAUAUUAUUAUUGAUUAUUAAUAUAUAUAUAUAUAUAUAUAUAUAUAUAUAUUAUAUAUAUACAGGGUGUUUUAAAAGAGUUUAUAACUGCUUCGACGGGUUAUACUGCAUGUCAAGCCUCAUUGCAUAUUGUACAGAUACUUAUAUAUAUUACGAUUAUAUAUAUAUAUAUAUACAUAUAUAUAUAUAUAUAUUCGUUUUACUUAUUUUAUUCAUUUGACAUAAUAGACUCAACAAUUGACAAUAGAAAUAAUUUAAAAAAAUUUUUUUUGAAAUUAGCUCUAGCAAUCUUUUUUUAAUUUAUUUUUUUCUCGUUUUUUAAUUAAUAAUAAAUAACGGUGGCAAACUACCAUGACCAAAUGACAAAUAUUGUUAACAUUUCUACAUUUACUACAGAGGUCUACGCGUAGAUGCGUACCGUUACGUUUUUUUUCGUAUCACGCAGCAUACUAAAAAAAAUGGAGACGUUCGAGGCGGUAUGACCAUGUCGAAAAUGGUUUUAACAAUUUUUUUAUCCACUCUGUUGACGAAAAGAAGAGCGAGAGUAAGCUAAUGAAGUGCUAGCGAGAAAUCUAGGGAAUGCGUGCGAAAACGAGGCAAGACAGUUGCACAGAGCAAUAAAGGCAUGUUCGAUCGUCCCAUAAAUAAUAUCAUUUCGAAAGAAUUUUAAUUGGAAGGAAUCAUUAAUUUUAUAUAAAAAAAAAUCAUCGUAAUUGUAAUUUAAUUAAUAGAAGAUAUAAAAAAUGGAUUAAAUAAUGAAUUUCAAAAGAAUUUUUUAUAAUUGUAACAAAUAUACAUUUCUCUAAUCUAAGAGUUUUUAAAUUAUGAAAUCUUAAAAAAAAAAAAAGAAAGAAAAUGAAAAUCGCACAAAUUGAAAAAAUUAGAAUUAAUAUCUAAUUCUUUUGAAAAAGAAAUUAUAAGCAUUAAUAUGAUUUAAAGGAUUAGAUAAUGAAUUUCAAAAUAAUUUUUUUCCAAUUGUAACAAAUAUACGUUUCUGUCAUCUAAGAAUUUUUAAAUUGCGAAAUCUUAAAACAAAAAAAGAAAAUCGAAUUCACACAAAUUGGAAAAAUUAGAAUUUAAUUAUUUGUAUUAAAUUGGAAAAAUUAAUAUUUAAUUAUUUUGAAAAGGAAAUUACAAGCAUUAAUGUGAUUUAGAUGGAUGGAUUAGAUAAUGAAUUUCAAAAGAAUUUUUUUCUAAUUGUAACAAAUAUAUAUUUCUCUGAUCCAAUAAUUUUUAAAUAAGAAAUUAGAAUUAUCUAAUCCUUUUGAAAAAGGAAUUAAAAGCAUGCUCGAAAAAUGAGAAAUACAAACGAUGUUAUUUAUGGUUUGAUCCGAUAUUUCUCUGUGGAUUGCGAGUUGUAAUUGUAUGUAAUAAGAAGAAAAAAGAAAAAAAAAUGCAGAAAAAAAAUGUGUGUUUGUGCAGGAUGUGAUUGUGCGUAUGAGUUACUUGGAAUGACUGUGAAUUAAAAGAGACUGCGUAAUAGACAUAUGUGAUAGGCACCAUGUGCAGACUUCAGUAUUAUUUUGCAGUUAAAUGGGGGAAAGGAAAACACGUAAAACACAUGGAUCUGUACGUUAGUUAGAUACUCUUUAACAAAAAAAAAAAAGAAAAAAAAAAUAUGUUUGUUUCGUUGUUCGUGAAAAACUUUUAAAAAAAUGAAGGGAACGACUUCCGACCUGCCCCUGAUCGCGAAACAUAACUGUCCUUCUUGAUCGAAAUAUCGAUAUGUUUCAAGAUACAUAGUUUGUGAAAAUCAAAUUCUGUCAUUUUCUUUGUGCCGUCCUCGUUAGGAAAAAAAAAAUAAAUAAAUAAAUCAGAUCCGAUUUUAGAUCCUUAUGAAGCAUAUGGCUAUAUCUCUAUAAUUUUAAAAAAUAGUCAAAUAGAUAUUUAAUAAGAACUUGAUAUAUUUCGAUGUAUUUCGAAGAAAAGUUGGACAGGAUAUUUUGAUUAAGAAGAAUAGUAUUCGAAUGCGUUUCGAGCUCCCUCGAGAAGAAGAGAGAAUCUCACGAGCAUUUAACACAUUCGAGACGAUAUUCUAAAGUAACGGAUAAAAAAAGAAUUUUCUACGUAUCCUUUCCUUUGUGCACACUUGAUCUACAAUACGAGUGUCUUCGUCGAUAUACCUCAAUAUUACAUUUCUUUUAUAAUUUUCUUUUUCGAUUCGAGCCAAAGAUUUACCGCUCCUUCCAAUCUCGAAUGUGUUAAUAUUUCGCGGGAAAAAAAAAAAGAAUAAUAAACAAUAAACAAAAUCGAACAAAUGAAAGGCAUGCGAGAAAAUGUGCGUGCGCAAUGAUGAUGAUGACUCUCUGACGACAGUAUGAUUGUGCGUGUGAAAGAGAGAAAAAGAGAGAAAGAGAGAAGUUGCAUGAAGAAAGAUAUAUACAGCAUAUUCAUACGCAACGGACAUACAAUACAAUAUGUAUACUCAAUCACGGGAACACAUGUUCGCAUGUGACACGUACGCACGCACGUACACACACACACGUAUAUUACAUACGUGCGCGAGUGUUUUCAAGAGAAAAUGAUAUCGAGAAAUAUCGUCGCAUUGUCCCGUAAGGUGUAAAUAUAGGAAAAAUGUAAAAUGGGGGGGAGGGGAGAGAGUAGGAAAAAAAAAAAGAAGGCGCAUACUAUCGAUUCGGUUUUUUUAUUAAUCGCGAAACGUAUGGUCAUUAUUGUAUCGUGCGUGUAUUUACGAGAAGUGUUUAAUUAAAUUGUCGAAAAGAAGGUGCGAAAACGAAACACAAGGGGGGUUAAUAAUUAUCGAUUCGUUGUUAAAGAUCUUGGAUAUGUGCACGCGCAUGAUUACGAUGAUGAUGAGAAAGAGGAGAAAAGAGAGAGGGAUGGAAAGAAGGGAGAAAUGCAGAAGAUCGCGAAAGGUUGUAUUCGAAAUAGGGAGCACAAAAUAUCAUCGAACGUUGAUUAUCGUUGUUAUGCAUACAUCGACGCAAUUAUUAAAUUUUUUAUCGUGCAUCGCUCUUAUUAUUAUAAUUAUUAUUAUUAUUAUAUUUAUUAUUAUUAUUAUUAUUAUUAUUAUUAUUAUUAUUAUUAUUAUUAUUAUUAUUAUUAUUAUUAUUAUUAUCAUUAUCAUUAUCAUCAUCAUCAUCAUCAUCAUCAUCAUCAUCAUCAUCAUUAUUAUUAUUAUUAUUAUUAUUAUUAUUGUUAUUAUUAUUAUUAAUAUCAUUAUUAACAUUUUAUUCUUACUACUAUUAUUAUUUUACAUUUAUAAUUAUCUAUCAUUAAUAUUAUUAAUAUUACGCAUUAGAUAAUUCGGAUCGAUCGGGAAAAAUCAAUUUGAAAUCCGCGCCGCUUAACGAACGCACAGAAUGUGACGUGACAUAUCAUUAGUUCUAUUAUUAUUGUUAAUUUUUAGCAAUUUUUCAUUUAUACGGAAAAUUUUUUCUCUGACACAAGAAUUCUAAAGUUCGUCUUUUAAAUAGAGAGACCGUAGAGAAAUGACGUGUCGGAAGGAGAGAAGAAAAUUUCAUUUGCUUUGUGAUUUUAUUUUAUAUUUUUUAUAUAUAUACCACACAAUAUAUUGAAAUAGAUCUUUUUUUUUUAAAUCGAUUCUGAUAAAUCUAAUAAUUUAUUUACUGUUUUAUUAAAAUCUCGUAUAUUUGAUAGAUUGGAUCUUUUUUAUCAGACUUGUUUUUUUCUUCUUAUUAUUAUAUAUAAAUCUUCAUGUAAGUUUUUUUAAAAUGAUUUAAAUUUUACAAAUGACACUUUAAUAUAUAUUUUAACACUUAUAUUGAAUUCAGAAUUUUUAUCUAUCUGAAAUUUUAAGAUUCUUUUUUUUAUUUUAUGAAAUUUAUUUAUUUGCAAAAAAAUUCAAAAUAAUAUUUUAAAAACUCAAUUCUUUUUAUAAAAAUCAUUGAACUUGAUUAUUCUGUUUGCAUAUAACAGAAGAAUGGAUAAUUUGAAUUAUCCAUUUAAAAAAAAUUAGAUUUUGAUCUUGAAUAUUACUUACAAAUAAAAAUCAAUAAAAAAGAUUUUUUCAUAUAUAUUGUAUUAUAAAAAUUGUUAAAAUUAACUUUCAAUUUAUGAUAGAUAUAUAAUAUUAUAAGAUUUAUUAAAUCAUACUAUCUUAAAUCUUUUGAAAUGUAACAAAUUUUCUUCUUGAAAGAAAUCUUCAAGAUAAAAUGUUAAAAGAUGAUGUAAAUAAAACAUUUGACACACUAAUAGUAAUGCGCAAAAUAAUAGUUAGGACACUUUUAAAAUUUUAUACGAAUAAGUAGAUUUUAUAUAAAAUAUUUAUAACUCUUUUAAAUGAAAAAGAUUUUAUUGCUCAACUUAUAACAUAUUUAUAAAAAAAGAUAGAGAAUUGAAUUAUUAUUAAGAAAGAAUAUCAAAAAUAUGAUUUUCCAUAUUAUAUUUUACACGGAUAUCUAAUUUAUUUUUUCAAAUAUAAAUGUAAUAUAACAAACAUUAAUUUCGAUCGAUCAUAGAAAUGUUUUCAAUCAUCAGAAAUGAUAAAAUAGAAUUUUCGAAAUAUCUUCUUAUCUCUCUUCGAAACGUCAUUUCGUCAUACAUAUAUACAUUCGUGACAUUUGUAUCUUGUGGUACUUAAUUUUCAACAUUGCUCAUUAUUCUCUUAAUUCGUUGGUCUUUAAGUAAAGAUUAUCGUCAUUACUAUUUAUAAUCGUUAUAUUUAAAAAAAAUAGCAUUUAUUGUGUCGUAAUUAUCGUGAUUAUCAUUUUCAUUUUCGAAUAUCACGCCAUGAUAUUAAUCGUCGUUGUAAUUAAAUCGGCAUUAUUCGCGAUCGUGAUCGUCGCCAUUGCAACGUGUGAAUAUAUUUAAAAUCUAUUGCCGCUGCGAUUGCCACUAUAUUGUAUACACUGUUACAUUAAUAAUUACACUACCGCUAUGGGUACAGUUAUGAUACCGGGAAAAAAUAGCACAAAUACGACAAACGAAAUAUCUUUAAUUUUUUUGGGACUCCGAUGCUGAAGUCACCAUCUUAAGUUCCUACAGUACGAGAAUGAGAUAUGUAGUACGAUUUUAUCCGAUAAACAAGGGAAGCAAGUGAAACAGUGAAAGAAAUAAACAAGAAGAAGAAUGAAAAGUAUUAUUUAUAUGAUGAAAGAAAGAAUAUAUGUGUGCGAGAGAGAGAAAGAGAGAACUACAAAGAGUGAGAGAAUGAGAAAGGAAGAAAGCACAAAAGAGAGAAAGAGAGAGAGAGAGAGAGAGAGAGAGAGAGAGAGAGAGAGGUAAAUGCCUCCGAAAAAAUAAUUAUUUUUAAUUUACAUGAAACUACACUUGUAUAUAGGAUCAAAGAGCGCGCAAUCGAUUAUUUAUGCGUAAUAUAUACAUACAUACAUAUAUAUAUUAUAUAUAUUUAUCGAUAAUUGUGCAACGCGAAUAUUGUUCUUCGGAUACAACCUUUAAUCGAGUGAUAGAAAGAUGGAAUAAGAUUAAAAAUUUGCGAGGGUGCGAGAAAUUAGUGAGAACAAGAGACUGCGUGAAUAUGGAGAGAAAGAGAAAGAAGUAAAUUUGAAAUGAAAGUAAAAUGGAGAGAUAGAGAGAGAAAAAAAUAGAGAGAGAGAGAGAGAGAGAGAGAAAGGAAAAGAGAGAAUGAGUACAUAAGACACGCGGUUUCUGUGUCGUCGUGCAAUAUUAUUAUGUACGAAGUAUGCGAAAGUUUCCGAAGUUCCGUGCAUCGAGUGCAAAGUGUAUCAGUGUAUCGGGGGUACGCGUUGUUGCUGAGAGAUGGCGCUUCGUUUUGUUUAACUCUGUCGCGGUAUUAUCGACAGUCGGUAUAGGUUGCAUAUUAUUGGUAAAACAGAUAUUUCGCCAUAAAAUCCCUUCAACUUCAUCAGUCUCAAAUAGAACUCUAAAUUUUUCUUCCCCCGAUUUCUUUGAAUAUUUCGCGCGGCUUUUCACUCGACACGGGCAAGAAACAUUCCAUCGGUCGAUUUUGAUCGGGUUCCAAUGGUCGUGACAUAGAAACCGUCAAAUCGAAUUUCACCGAGAAUUCAUUGUAUAAAACAACAGGAAAAAUCCAGAAAACAGAUGAAAUAGUUACUUGCAUCGGUUGUGCUGUCACGUAGUUCCUAAAUCGCCCUAGCCUCGCUCCGAGCGCAUGAGAAAAUAACAGAUUAACGCUAUUUAUUCGUGGUACGGUAAACACUGCGCCUUCGAUACUCUUGAUUGAAGGAAUAAUUUUUAUAUCUUUAUUGCUAUUAUUCUAAAUAUUAUUCCUCCGAUGAUCACGAGUUUUCACAAAUACAUAAUGUAUAUCUAUUUUGAAUAAUCAAUUCUUUAAAUACUGCGCUGAAUUUUAUGGUAAGAGAGUGUAUAUUCGUUAUUAGUUAUCUCGUCAAUUAGCGAUUAAUUUUUUAUAUGUAAAAUAUUUGACAAGAUUAUAAAGAAUAUACGAAGGAAGAGAAUAAUAAAAUAAUUUAUAUAUAUACAUAAAUAUAUAUAUAUAUAUAUAUAUAUAUAUAUAUACAUACAUACAUACAUACAUACAUACAUAUAUAUAUAUAUAUAUAUAUAUACAUACAUACAUAUACAUAUAUCUUGAUUUCACGCGCAGUGUUUAAAAAAGAAUAAUUAUUUCUUUUGGCGUGAAUAAUUUAGAAGGAGAUAUACAGUUUUUUUUACGACAAAUAUGUACAGAUCAAAGUCGAACGGCGAUGUAUACGUAAUAAGUGAUAUAGGUUCCCUGACGCAUUUAGAUAUACGUACAAUGGUGCUGAACUGUAUUUACCGUACAACGAACGAAGCGCUUAUACAAAAUGUAACAGAAAGAAAUAAUAGAACGCAAUCGGUAGCUGGUACGUCACCGGUUUGUACGAUACACGAUAUGAAAAAUGGUACGCGAGAAAAAAAAACAAAAAUAAUAGGAAGCGCACAUUGCAGAAAUAUAAUAUAACGAUAUAUUUAUACGAAUUACAAUUGUACCAUAACGAUUAUAAUACUACUUAUUAUAUUAUACAGAGCCGCCGCCACCCAGUAUAUUUUUUACAGGUUUACAUUGUAUUACAGUUUAUAAAGUUUGAUAUACAAUAACAAUUACCUAAGCGCAGGAGGCCGUGGUGGUAAACACGUAUCCUGCAAGACACCUAUUUAACAUAGGUGGCACUACGGAACGGUAAACAUCGCGGCACUGCGCCAUGCUAUAACUACAAUAUUUCCGAGUGUUUAAGAAUCGAUGUUCUUGUUAAAAAAAAAAGGCAAAUUGGAACUCGUAGCUGCUAUUAACAUAGGAUUUAUAUCGAUCAGAUAGAAUCGGAUAAUUACGAUUAGAAAUCGCUGCGUGUCUUCACGAGGACAUGUGCGACAAGACCUUUUUCAUGCCGAAGAUUAGCCACCUAUAUAUACAUAUAUAUAUAUAUAUAUGUAUAAAUAUAAAUAUAUGUAUACAUACGAUUGCGUCUUGUUUUACGUGGAGAUGCGGAUUUCUAUAAAUAGAUAAGUCCAGAAAGAGAUGUUUGGCUGCGAUCACAGUGGAGUACAAUUUAAUUAGUAUCGAUCAACACUCACGCUAAAGUUAUAUGAUGAUAAAGAUAGAACUAGGAACAAAGAGAAAGAGAAAGAGAGAGUUUAUAUAUUCGCAAUUGUCUUGCGCAGUCAUUAGAUACAGACUUUUUUUCACUAUAUUAAGACGAGGAAAUGGAAAAACGCCAGUAUUCGUCGUUCGGCAAAGUACUGAGAAUAGUUUUCGAAAAUUUAUAUGCUUGAAAGAGAGAAAAAAAGAAAGAAAGAGAGUGAGAGUGCAAGAUAGGAGAAAAAGAAAGAGAAAAUGCGCGUGUGAAAGAAAACGAGAAAAAAAGGGAGAGAAACAUGAGAGAAAGAAAGCGCGAAGUAGUUUCGAUUCUUGAACACUCGUACCGAUAAUGCAUAAAUAAUUGCUACAUGACUUGUGAUACGUUUACCGCUGGUUACUACAGAGACUUCCUAGCUGAUCCUACGACAGGAUCGGCGCCACUAGUUCACUCACGCACACGAUUCAACGUUUAUACGGAUUUAUUACGGAUUUAUUGAUUAAUCGAAUUAUUACGUACAUAAUUAAAUUAGAUGAAAUAUUUACAAGAGAGAUUAAUGACGAACGAACAAAUAAACAACAAAAAAAGAAGUAAUAAUAAUUACGAAACACAUAAAACGUUGCAGACUAAUUACGGUGUGAAUGCGCACACGAGGCUAGGACGAGGCUAGCUACCUAAAUCCCACGUUCACUCUUCGGACUAAAAAAAAAAAACACGAUACACGCGUACAUACAUACACACGACCCAAUCGUAUUCACCCGCCCUGAUUACGAGAAUUACUAUAUUAACCCCAAAUAAAAACUGUACAUACAAUUGCAA